AAGUAGACUCCUGCACUGAAAUACUUGGUAAAUUGUAUAUUGCGUAUCAUGAACUCCUUCAGUUUUAGUCUACUUGUCCUAAAAAGCCCGAGGCAUUGAAGCGGUCAUGCUUGUGUUGUGUGUGUUAUUGGCCUGUCUGCGAUUGAUUAGAAACACUGAAGAGGUCAGACAGAGUUAAUGUCACUCAGAAAGGGCAGAUCAGUCCAACUCUGUUUGCUUUCAUUUCAACAUCCACUUACACUUGUAACCUUUCAUUAAAUCUAAGCCGAAUCUAAUGAGCUGUGGGCCUGAGGAUGGAUGCCAGUUCAUUUCAGUCCAGGCCCUUAAAAAUAGUUCAUACUCCAGUAUCUCCAGUUUGCAUAAUCUCUGUGUUCACUUUGAGAGCAAAAGACUCUGGGACUGACGUAAAAUGUGCAAACAGGAGUCUGUCUGCAGCUCAUGGCACACAUUGAAGUUUCAGCGGUCUACCUCUGACGUGGAGUUGUCCUCAAUUCCCAGCUCGAAGUGGACUUUGGACCUCAGGAGAUAAACUUUGGCUGCAGUUGUCACUAUAAACCUGAUAAGUGCAGGAGAUCUGCGCUGCUGCCAUGAGCGAAGCUCGGCUCGCCAUUAAUGCAACUCAUCAGUGAAUCAGCCAGACUCCUCCCCAACCCGGUUACGGCCUUUUAAUACUACAGACACGGGAGCGCGGAGCAGCUUGGAGUCAGACCGGCGUCUCUGUCGAGCUCAGCCUGCAAACAGCAUGAGGACUCUUCAGGAGAAAGUCAUCCUCCUCUCUGUUGUAUUAUCUCUUAUUUGUGCUGUUCAGGUCAAUACGCUGCCUGUACCCGACAACUGGAGCGGUUUGAUCCAGCGGACCAAACGCUCCCUGCUGUGGCGCUGGAACAGCAUGAAGCCUGUUGGUGCCAGCUGCAGGGAUCACUUAGAGUGUGGCACCCAGUACUGCAGGAAAAAUCAGUGUGCCUUCCAUAGGUGAAGGGGAAACACACACAGAGACGACUCUGUCGGCACGUCGAUCUCUCCAAACAUGUGCUUCAUGGAGCAAACCCGCCAGACUCCACACGACCCUGAUCUGCGAUGAUCUUGGCUCCAUAACGGAAGAUGUGUUGGAAGUACAUCAUAUUCUGACAUAAGGCUGCAAUAAUCUGAUC